CACCGUUUGAGAACCACCGGUCCAAAGCAACAUCCAGUCUUGGUCUUUAGGGGGCAGCAUUGUGCUCUAUAGUCCACAGCCUGCCGGAAACUGAAGAAGAAGAAAAGCAACAGCAGAAGAAGGAAAGAAGAACAACGUGACAAGUCGACCCCCCCCCACAGUCCUCACACAGAGAUGCAGGGAGCUGAGCAGCCUCAUCCUCUGUUUGGAGGAGCUCUGUCAGCAGCCAUCCCCCACACUGCCACAGACAUCAGUGAGGUGAGGGAGAUCCCAGACAACCAGGAGGUGUUCGCCCACAAACACACCGAUCAGAGCCUCAUAGUGGAGCUGGUGGAGUACCAGGCCCAGGUGGCAGACCAGGAUUCGGCCAGGUAUCACUUUGAGGACAUCGCAGGCAGCAACAAAGCCCUGGAGCCGGGUGCCUGUGCAGUGAUCAGUGUUGUUGCUCUUCCCAAAUCUGACCUGUCCCUGUCGCAGUGCAGCUCAGCCUGGAUGCUGACGGGGACGCAGAGUGUGUCCAAGUUCAACGAGGAGGCGAGGAACGCCGUGACCCUUCAUCUGGGUGUGUUCCGCCUGCCUCAGUUCUCCACAGACAUCCUGAUCACCUUCAAUGACCCGCAGAGCAUCAGCCCUGACAGCAGCAGUGCAGCAGCUGUGCAGACACACAAAGUUCCGUGGACCGUGCAGGACUUUCAGCGCUUGUUGCAGACUCUGACUCUGCACAACCCCGGGCUGUUUGGAUAGAACCACUGGCAACCUCACCUGAUUACGUUCAGUCUUUCUCUGUGACACCAGUGGGCUACAUUUAAAUCUACCAGAGCUGUGCUUAUCCUGGGGCCUCAUGAUUAAAAGACCUGUGGCACGAUCUCAGCCCAAAAGAUUUGAAAGCAGUCCUUCCCCUGCCCUGACACACAUGAAUAACACGCUCUGUUCCACCUCUGAUGUUUACUUUGUCAUAGAUUGAAAAUUAACUGAAAAGACCAAAUUAUCACAUGAUGUGAACAUAUUUGUAUCAUAAUAAAUUUUACAAGUAA